AUGAAAACAGCCACAGUCUUGUUUCUGGUUGCUUUGAUCUCUGUGGGGAUGAACAUUACCUGUGUUCUGUCUUGUCUCAAAAAAUUAGAAAAACCAGGAACAUGUCCCAUGAAUUUCCCAGGAAGUGUUGGCAUUUAUGUUGAACAAUGCUCAGGAAAUCAAUCAUGCCCUGGCAAAAUGAAGUGCUGGCUGUAA